AUGGUGAUUAGUGGCUCCUUUGUUGGGGAACGGACGGGUUUUUCCGGCGAGAUUUGGCGCAGAUACUUGCCGGUAAAGAUGAUGGUUCUGUCGCGGAAAGAUAGCACGGAUUCUCCGCCGCCGCCUCCUCCGCCUCCACCUCCACCUCCACCGCCUCCUCCACCCCCGCCUCCGCCACCUCCGCCGCCUCCUCCUCCGCCGAAUGAUCACGUUCAUCACCGGCCGCAUCACGCCCAUUCCUCAAACAACGGCUCGUUAAGCAGUGACAAAAUCAUUAAAGGCGCCGCGGCGGCGGGAGCGGCGCUGUUUCUGAUUUUCAUGAUAGGCUGUUUGGUGGCCAGCUUCAGAAGGAAGAAGAGAAAGUCGCAUGAUCAGAUGGCAUAUUACAGGGACAAUUCUACUGGAAAGAAUAGCAGCCUUUACACUGGAAAUCAAGCAAAUUGGAACACUGCCAAUAGCCACGAAUUCGCCAUUAAGAUCCCGCCCGCGCCUAGUUCGAACAUCAGCUCGGCGGAGCAGUGGACGGCCCUCCCUCCUCCACCGCCGCCGCCAAUGAUGUACAGCAGCGAGCUGAGCUCCGCCGGGUUCUCCGGCCCACGCCAGGCGCCGCUGCCACCGCCGCAUCCGUCGGUGGCUCUAGGGUUCAGCCAAACCACAUUCACCCACGAGGAGCUAUCGGCGGCCACUGGCGGCUUCUCCAACUCCAACCUACUGGGGCAAGGCGGCUUCGGGAUCGUGCACAAAGGGGUGCUUCCGAACGGGAAGGAGAUAGCGGUGAAGUGCCUGAAAUCAGAGGGCCGCCAAGGGGAUAGAGAAUUCCAGUCGGAGGUGGAAAUCAUUAGCCGCGUCCACCACCGCCACCUGGUGUCGCUCGUUGGCUGUUGCGUUGCGGAUUCUCAAAGGAUGUUGGUUUAUGAAUUUGUUCCCAAUAACUCUCUUGAAUAUCACCUUCAUGGAAAGGGUCGGCUAGUGAUGGACUUUCCAACCAGGAUGAAGAUUGCUCUGGGAGCGGCCAAAGGGUUUGCUUAUCUUCAUGAAGAUUGCCACCCUCGGAUCAUCCACCGAGACAUCAAGGGUGCCAAUAUUCUCCUUGAGAACAACUUCGAAGCUAAGGUGGCUGAUUUCGGGUUGGCGAAGCUUUCCAACGACGAUUACACCCAUGUCUCAACGCGUGUUAUGGGAACAUUUGGGUACCUGGCGCCUGAGUACGCAUCGAGCGGGAAGCUAACAGAGAAAUCUGAUGUUUUUUCGUACGGCAUUGUGCUCUUGGAGCUGAUAACUGGGCGACGCCCCGUAUACGUGAGCAGCGAAGAUGAUGGCUUAGUAGACUGGGCUAGGCCGAUUCUAGCGCGAGCAACGGAACUACAUGGGAGCUACGAAGAACUGGUAGAUCCGCGCUUGGAGAACAACUACGAUCCCCAAGAGAUGCUGCGCAUGGUGGCCUGUGCUGCUGCCUGCAUUCGGCAUUCCGCUAAACGACGCCCCAAGAUGAGCCAGAUUGUGCGGGCGCUGGAAGGCGACGUGUCGCUGGACGACUUGGACGAGGGAAUAAAGCACGUGCACAGCCACAGCUCGCUCUUCGGCUCGGGCAGCUCCGACCACGAGGGCGGCUCGUCGACGUCGUACAACAAAGAUAUGAAGGGAUUCAGGAAGCAGCGGGGUCUCAACUCAAGCCAGGAAUAUAGCAGCAGCAGCAGCGAGCACGGCGCCAGCACCGGCGAGUUCGCCGCCCGCCCUUCCCGUUCCGGCGAGUCACCGGAUAUCGGGCUGAACGUAAACCUCGGCGCCGGACACUGAGCUACAGCCCAUACAUACAUGCAUUGUUCCGGCAAAGAAUUUGGAUGGCAUUAAGCUCGACACGUCAGAGGAAGUUAAUGAUGAGGGAGAGCUUUGGGCGUUCAUGGCGAGAGAAAUUAAGCAGAGUCCGGUUGCUUGAGGUUGAGGCGCGAGCUUGAAGGCAGCCACGUGCCCAAAACGUCCUUAGUUGCCUAUGUUUUUUAUGAAGGUUGAUUAAAUUGAUUGAUUGAUUGUUCAUAAGAUGUUGGU